AUGGAACCAUCUUUAGAAAGUCGCUUAAUAGAUCAUCUUGGAAAUAAUAGACCAUUACAAGUGGAAGAUUUAGAAAAUCUAAUAGAACAAUUACCAAGACCUUACCUAUUAGUAGGUGACUUCAACGCCAAACAUCCCAUGUGGGGAAAAUACCAUAGGAAAGGUGGCUAUUUAACCAUCAGUGAAGCUUCAUGGAGAACGAGAUUAUCCUCAGCCUUCAUAGAAGCAGCAUAUGAAUUGGGAUACCCAAUUGGGGACUGCAACGGUUACCAGCAGACUGGGUUUAUGAUACCCCAAGGAUUUGUAAGAGGUGGUUAUCGAUGUUCUAAUGCCAGAGCAUUCCUUCGGCCUGCGCGGAAUCGCCCCAAUUUGCACGUUGCUCUCAAUACUUUUGCGACGAAAGUGCUCAUCCAUUCUGGCAUGAAGAGAGCGUAUGGUGUGACGUAUGACCGUAAUGAUGGAACAGACUUGAAAGUUUUGGCACGCAAAGAAGUAAUCCUGUCAGGAGGUGCUUUGGGUUCCCCUCAUUUACUUAUGUUAUCUGGAAUUGGGCCAGCCAGACAUCUUGCACAGUUCAACAUCUCUGUCAUUCAAGAUUUACCAGUUGGUAGAAAUUUAAUGGAUCAUGUUGCAUCUGGACCCAUCUUUACCAUCACUGAGCCUGUGUCAUUGAUAACGAAUCUUAUAAGUACCUUCCCAGCCCUUGUGCAAUUUGCGACUCUGGGCACAGGGCCCCUGACAACUUUUGGUGGUGUAGAGGGCCUUGGAUUUGUGUCCUCUGAGAAUUCCACAGAUGACUGGCCAGAUAUAGAGUACCACUUCUUGUCUGGUUCCCAUGGAUCUGAUGAUGGAGAUUUUUUCUACAAAACUCUCGGACUAAAAAGGGUCUACUGGGAUGACUUUUACCGCCACCUCCACAAAGUGCAUCACUUCACUGUAAUUACAAAGCUCUUGCGGCCACUUAGUCGAGGUUUUCUUCAGCUGAGGUCGACUAACCCAUAUGAUUAUCCAGAGAUCAUACCAAACUAUUUCAGUAGGGAAGAAGACAUGUAUGUUUUAAUUGAAGGCAUAAAGAAAGCUGUUGAACUGGGUCAGACAGAGUCGUUAAAGAAAUUUGGGGCCCAACUGUUUGACCAUCACUUACCAGGGUGUACUGACUAUGCCCUUAAUACUGAAGAGUAUUGGGAAUGUUAUUCACGGCAUCUAACUCUUACAAUCUACCAUUAUAGUGGUACUGCAAAAAUGGGGCCAUAUUGGGAUCCUGAAUCUGUGGUGGACCCACAGUUAAGAGUGUAUGGUGUUGGAGGACUUCGUGUGGUAGAUGCCUCAAUAUUCCCAACCAUUCCAUCUGGUAAUACAAAUGCGCCUGUAACUAUGGUAGCAGAGAAAGCAGCUCAUAUGAUCAAAAAGUAGUUAUUAGAAAGUGAAAGU